AUGCAGACUACAUCUUGGCUCCCUUCCAGCCCAUUGGGCAUGAAGCAGGCCUCAAAGGCUCAUGGGAUUCCCCCUUUUUGCACCAAACCUUGUCUGCCCUCCGUUUACCAAUUAGGGGUGAGAAUUGUUUAACUGGACUUAUAAAACACUUUGUGCAGGCUGUGCUGAAUGAGGAUAAAUCACGGGUCUAUCGUGGAGGGAAAGUGUGUGUGAAAACUGUGCAGUGCUAAUAAAAACCACCGAAAAUAUCAUAGUGUAGCUCCUCUCUCUGCUCCAUUGCAUCUGAUUCAUCUGUAGUGCAUUCCACACUCAAAUGUGUGUUGCCGAAUACACAAGCCUGUGAUAGAUGUUUAUGAGCUAAUGUCAAUUUUCUCCUGCGAAUUUACUGUCAGCGGAUGAUGAAUGCACUCAAUAUCACUGGUUAUUCAUCUCAUACAUUCCCCUCAACAGCUCCUCCAGCGGGACGAUUUCUCAUUUCAACCAAUAGGUGUCGUCAUUGCACAGCUUGUCCUCAAGUCUCAGAGGAGCUCAGGCGUGCAGGAGAUUUACUUUCAUAUCUACAGGGGCACAAUGUGGUGUGAGGCUGCAUUGUUGUCACAGCCCUCAGAGAAAGUGUAACAAAAUCAGAGGAGAUCUCACUCUGUGUGUGUGUGUGUGUGUGUGUGUGUGUGUGUGUGUGUGUGUGUGUGUGUGUGUGUGUGUGUGUGUGUGUGUGUGUGUGUGUGUGUGUGUGUUUGUGUGCUUUUGAGAGAGCGCAGAUUUAUGAAUUAAGCAACAUUCGGUUCAGAGAGAGCACGCCCACACAGCAGAUGAAAGCAGGUGACAUGUGAAGGACAGUGUGUGGGCGCAGUGUCACCUCACCCUUAUGGUUCACCUUUAUGUUUGUGUUUGUGUGUGCGUGUGUGUGCGUCUGUCCGUCCUUGUCCUGGCCAUGCUCCUGUAAGCGACCCACAUCAAUUCAUAAGGCCUCUGCCCUUUUCCUGGGGCUGCCUGGGAAAUGUGAUGUGACAUGUGGGAUGAGCAAGAUGGAGCGAAAGAGGAGGACGGGGGGUGGAAUAGGUGAGGCUGUUGUUGGUAGUUUCUAAAGGACACUUUGAUAUAUAAGUGAGAUGGUACACAAAGUCAGGCAGAGAGAACCAAACUGAGAAACUCUUACAAACUUCAGAUUGUACUUGUUUUUUAUCUAAAGGUUCAAUCAGAAUUGUUUUUCAUUCACACAGCUCUAACUUACAACAGGAAGUGUUUCAGGGCAUUUAGCAUACAGAGCGUUUACAAUAUGCUGUCAUUUUUCAACGAGAAUCAAAUAUCUAAUGCACAAAAACAACAAAUUUUGCAUUGAGGGUCCACUUAAUGUUGCAAAAGUGCUGAUUCAGGAACAUUUUUUUAAAUAACAACUUUGAAAACCAUCAAACUUUUAACUUCAUCAAGUAAUUACCUGGAAUUGAAAUUAGCUUGGCUGCUCUAAUAACCGCAAUACAGGAACUGAUCCCAUUUCAAAACCUACUCAAUUCCACAUUUGUGUAUCCACCGUUACCAGUACAAACGGUUCUGAUUCAGUCAGUCUGCCCCUGUUUAAACCUUACCUAAUAUGAGAACAAGAUAACACACGUGAACUUUAAAUACAGAGUGACUGAUCAAAAGAUUUAGCAUGAGAUCUGAUUAACUGUCUCAUCUUUGUCUCCUCUAAUCAUGAGCAAGAGGAGAGGACGUCCAUUUUCUCACUUGUCUUAAUCGUGAAUAAAUGUGGUUCAGUCUCACAGUGAGUCCCAUAUGAGCCUUGUGUGAGUUCUCUAAUAUUUCUUAAUUAUUUUUAAAUCUGAGAUCUCAACUGGAAGAGAAAUGAGACCAGCGCCAGUCUCAGAUUUGUCUCAAUAGUCUCACAGAGAUUUUACAACAGAAAAGGGAAGACAAGCUUUCAGAGGAGCCUGAAAUUGUCUCACAGAUGCUCAUUUAAAGAUCUCAAAUAAAGGAAAGAUGAGAGUCGUUCACACUCUCGAGAGUGCUCAAAUGUGAUCUCAACAAUACAAAACUCCACAGGCAUGGUUUAUGCAAGACUUUCAUCAUAAAAUUCUCAGCACCACAUUACCACAAAUAGACUAGAGAUAUUAACUUAUGAGAUAUAUCUGUGUUAUAUUGGCCACUCCAUGAAACAGGUGCCUUUACUGUCCCUGGGAAAAUUUCUAUGCAAAAUUGCUUGAAAAUUAUUUGCAAAAGAGCAUUUAUUUUAAGCAAAAUGUCUUUCAAACUGAUCUAAUAAAAUUUUGAAAUUCAAAUUUAACUCAUAAGAACACCAAAAAUAACUUUUUUUUUUCUCUGCCACCACUUUCAGAAACUUCAUUUUAUUGUAAAAGAAAAAAAAAAAAACUGGUUGAAAUCCCUCAGAAUCUUUCUUAUGCCUCCAUAUCCCCACAUUUCCCUUUUUCCUCAGUAGAAUUCAGUUUAAAUUGAGUUUAAAUAAACAUUGUAGGCACGACCCCAAGAUUUCACUCACUUAACCCUUCUUAAAAGAUCAGCAGAGUUCACCGGUCAGAUUUCUAAAAGACAGUGUCAUCAUCUGUACCUUCGGAGGAUCACCUGUGAGUUUCCUCAUUUUGUUUUCUAUACAUUUUAUGACGUUGAUGUUAUCAUAAUGAAAAAAGAGAUCAUUGUCAAUAUCCCAUAUCCUUUAUUAUUUUUUAGAUCUCUUCAGUCAAAAAGGCUUUCUUUGGUGAAACACUCGAACACUUUCAGUGUCCUUAAGCUAUUGGGACACGUGGUUAUUUUCAGGCCAGUUCUAUGCCAAAAACUCAUUCCUGUUACUCAUGCAGGCUUAAUCAACAGGACCCAGGGGUUUGUAAUGGGGGGAAAGUGGAACUGACUAUCCAGAGCCUGAAUGAAGAAAGAGGUCCUGAAUAAGCCUGAAAUAAAAACUUUGUUUUUUUUGUUUCUUCCAGUAAAGGAAAUGAUCUGGAUGAAUGAUAUCAGAGAGCUGUUUUGUGAACUGUUGUUGUUGCACAACUCAAAAAGAUUAUGAAUGAUACCAGCAAUUUAGAUUUAAGGAUAUUAGUCAAUAGUCUGGCUUGGACUAAAUUGAUGUUUUAUUCUUGACUUCUUUUCACAGGAUUUCAGAACACGAAUUAAAGACCCAUUCUGAUGAAAAUCAUGUUUUUCUUGUUUUUUAAAUGUUCAUAUGGCAUUUUUCUGGUGCUACCGAACAAAUAAGAAAAGUAUGUGCAAAAUUGCAUUUCUGAGUAUUUCUGCACUCAAAUCACUUUGAAUCUUUGGCAGACCCAAAUGGCAGGUGCAGACCACUGAGAUUUCCUACGUAGCGAAUCAAAGCUCCGCCCCCAGAGCCCCGCAACCCAAGCCAGGCUUCUAGAAAUAGAGAGGACAACACAGAACAAGCGUGUGCGGUGGCGAAUUUAAAUGCUCGUAAGAAAGCUAAUUAUGAUAUUAGCUUUCAUCAUGCCUCUAUAGACAUGGCUGUCCAAAAACUGAAUAGCUCCUAUGUUACCUGCUUCUGCUAGUAUACCGGCAAUGUUGGGCUACAAGCUAGCCACGAGACGAAUGUGCAGAGCAGCGCUGUCUCCGCCCAUGACUCAGAGUUGAAUUGUUAAUGAACUCUGGAGCUCUGCUGAAGAAAAGCCUUCAAAAAUGACACAGGUAACAUGAUUUUGGCUAAAAACUUCGUAAUCACAAUUUGAAGACCACUGAUGACACUUUAAGCAGUAUGAAAAAACGAUCGGAGUGGGACUUUAAGGAAAAGCACGCUUUUAAAAUGACAUAAUAUCCUGAAAAGUUGAUAAACCUGACCAGCUAAGCAGGGUGUGGAACCACAUUUGUAAAGCUGUUUAUAACCUCAUAGACAACUGGUUUGAAUCUCAACAGGGGCCUGCACUCAAAGCCCUUUUUGACCAUGCUUAUGACUAUGCGUACCAUAGAGGUUGAAGAAACCUAAACAGGUUAGGCCCUGCAUGGCGCUGCAGGAGUAAGCAUAGAUGGGUCAAUGUGAGUAGGGUCUGAGUUCAGAUCCUACUGUGGUCUUCUCACACAAAGCAACAAAGUCCUGGAUCCUACUACUGGGGGACAAAACAAGCAUUUGAAUCACCAGAAAUCAAGAUCAUGGACUGUCCAUGUGAGGCGGUAACAGUGCCUCAAAAUAGUCACAUACAGCAAAGUAAACCUGCAGUGUAGUGGAUGGUGCUGCUGCCUUAGAAAUGGUUACAGGUUUGAGUCAUAAUGCAGUCUGAACCCAGCUUUUAAACCACCGUAGUGAACUAUUAAAACAUAUGAACAGAAUAGUCAGGAACAGCCAAGCAGACAUGCGGUUUGGUGGAUAGCACAGCUGUUUCUGAGUAAAAUGACUUUGGUUCAAGUUUGGAUAAGGGAAAACGCAAAAUUGAGACGGAGAAAGUACAAGGUUGAGGCAUGGAGAUAAAAGAAAAGGGCAGGACUGGUGAAAGAAGAAUGCAGAAAGAGAGAUGAAGAGAGAGAAAGAGAGAGAGAGAGGAGGGAAAUAAGAAGUAAAAGAUUUUAAAACAACCACCACAAUGAGAGAAGAGAGUGUAGAGUGCAUAGAGAGGGUCAUGAAAUAACAAAAACUAAUCUAUAUCAAAACCCCAUUUAAGUAAAUCUCUCCUGUUUAUAUUAGCAGUAGAGAGAGGACACUGAAGGAUGGUUCAGAUUGUCUAGAUUUGAAGCAGAGCAGCACUCUACAUGGAUGGACAUCCUUGAGUUGCUAUUUUCUGGCAUAUAUCUUCAAGUUGUGUCCCUGUCUUUCAGUUGCCGCUACUCUGUCAUUGGAAUCCACUCCACAUUGUUCCAUCUGUUGUCAAGUAAUGUACCUACAAUAUGGUGAGUAGCAAGGUCACGUUUAAAGUAAAAGACAGCGCAAAAACUGGAGAAGACUUAAGUGGAAUAAUAUAAUAACAAGUGGUUUCUAAACUAUCUUAAGUUUGACAGGCGUACACAACCACAAUGCAUGCCUGUUACCCAUUUUCUUUUCCUGUUACAGUUUAACCUUGAAAAAUGAAAAAAUAAUAGCACCUGAGUUGGAGCAACGUGUGCUGUUCCUAUGCUCGGUUAUUCCUGAGCCAGAGGCAAAAGCAACUUUUAAGAAACGUGAACUUCAUUUAGAAAAAUGAAGGAAUCUAAACAGACAUGUUUGCCGCUGGAAUAAACAAAUAAAAAAGCAACAGAUAUUUAAUUCCCCCAGAACGUUCUGCUACUGUAGCUUGUGGUUAGCGGACACUCGUGCCUAUAAUGGGCAGCAGAUGAGAAAAAAAGGGGGAGAGAAGGAAUGGUAGUGAGAGAGACAGAAAAUGAGAGGAGGUGAAAUCUAUUAGUGUGACAGGACUCCCAUAAAGCAAGAGAUCUCUGGGGAAACGCUCCAAAUGUUCAGGGAAGAAACAAAAAAAGGAAAGAAAAAAAGGCCUGAAAAUGACAGAGAAUGAAGUCGCUGCUUGUAGAUCAAAUAUGAAUACAUAUACAUGAAAAUUAUGUAUUUAUGGAUUUGUACAUGCAUGUUGCCCCUCCCCCUGUCUCUCUCCAGUGCUACGAGGAUGUGUGUACUCCAUAUGUAUGUCAGUUCCGAUCACUCAGUGAAACAUGGAGGGGAGAGGAAGAAGGAGGGGAGGGCACGGAGACUCCCAUUCACGUCUGCAUCAGUCUAUGGAUGACUGAGCAUCUUAGACCUGAGGUGAGAAAAAAAAAGAGUUACACUGUUUUUAGGGAGGAGGUGAUAGAUGAGAGUGGAGAGAGGUGUUCUUUAGGGAGGGAGGGAUGGAUGGAUGGAAAUAAUAUUCUUUUAUAUUUUCAGCUUCUCUGGAGAUUUAUUGGUUUACUGCUAAAAGUCAUUCCUCGCUGCCUUACUUUCUCUAUUCCUCUUUGUUUUUUCUUUCCCUCCUGUUCCAUAUUUCUCUCACUUGCUUGGCUGUCAGUCUCCCUCUCCACCGCCCCACCCAUGUGUACUUUGACACCCAACCCUUGCUCGCCGCGGCAAAGGGCCAACCCCAGCCUUCAGUGUCCUAGACCCCAGUCAUGUGACGCUGACCUGCUAUGUUUUACAAGGCUGCAGUGCAGAGAGGGGGCCUCUGAGGAAAAAGGCUGCGUUCACCAGCAGCAGGAAACAAAGCACAGCUCGGAGGGGAGAAGUUAUGUGUUGGAAUCGUGUGUAUGUGUGUGUGGGUGGGUGGGUGGAGGGGGGUCAGGAAGCAGUACUUCAAGCGAUGGAACCCCACUAUUAAAAGUUUGACAUAAAGAAGCAUGGGGUUUUCAAGUGAGGCCGUGUUCAAACGUGCUGUGUCGUUGUCUGAAAGUCUUUGAUCAAAGCAUGUUGGAUUUUUUCCACCUGGCUGACGUUAGAUUUUUCAGCUCUUAUUGACAUGCUUAGAUGAGCUCUGGCCUUAAUCUCUGUUUCCCCCUUCAGUCUCUCUCUUCCUCUCUCCCGGCAUUAAAUCUCCUGAAUCUGAGCCUCCUCUCUCUCUCUCCUUAUUCCCAAAUGAGUUGAUCUCCACUAUUGCACAGCUCUGCGCCCAUAAUCUAUGGUCGUAGACGCAGACAUAUCCUGUUGCCCUCCCACUCUCCCACGCACACAUGCACAAACAUGCACACAAAGGAGACUUCAUGCAGCAAAGUAAGAACAUGAAGGAUGACCACAGAUACUUACAGGCAAAUAUGGACUCACACACACACACACACACACAGACGAACGCGCACGCAUACACACAUCUGUGUCAUUCCUGGGAGAUUUUAGCCCAUUAAAUGUGAGCAGCCCGGUCCAGUCUCUCAGAUCGCUGCCGUUCCCCCCUCUUUGUUCCCCAAAUCAGGAACAGCUGUGCUCCUCCACAGUUGUAAGUCACUCACUCAGUGGAAAUUUAAAAGCCAUUAACCGAGCCCCUCAUUGCUACCCCACCCCUUUGUGUGCAUGAGAGUGUGUGUGUCUCGCUUAUCUGCACACUGCGAAACACUCACACGCACACACACAGUAUGUACGCAUGCUUGUGUGCUCAUGUUGAAAGUCAUAAUACCCCCUCGGCCCUGCGGACCACAUUCAAGACAGUCCCUUUCAAAGCUUCCUCUCAUGUAGGAUCACCGCUUUAAAGCAGAACCUUUGGAGCUAAGUGUGGACUCAUCCGUGUUUGGUGCACUGCGUGGUUUUCCUGUGAUCUGCCUCCCGUACCUUGAACACUCUACUUUAUUCCAGCUGUGA